AUGGAUCUACCGAGUCUAUCAUUCUCUCCAGAACGUUGCGCGGACCUGCAUAAUCGGUUGCUGGCAAAGUCCAUCGAGCAUCUCCCCGCGCGACGGACUGAGAGGAAUCUCGUAGCGCGAUUCUUAGACGCCGCCCCGGAAUUUGCCGAGAUUCCGUCUCUUCCUGAGCUGCCCCUUUACCGGUUUCUCGCACUACUCGACACAACGCCUAUCUUCCCCGGACGGGUCGUGGAUAUGUUGACGCCGUAUAUGUAUCAACCGGAUCCGACGAUUUUCUGGAGCGAACCUUUCGAGGACGAACCGUCCUUCAUCCUGCUCUAUGCACAAAACAGCGGUGAUGCACCUAUGGACGGCGGCGUUUUUCUUGAUAUAGUGUCAUACAAGGCCGUAUGGCAUGAAAGGGAUUUUCUUACUUUCCCACCCGCUGAUCAAUGGUUGCCGUUGGAAGUGUUACUCCAAAGGUCACUUGAUGCGUGGGAGACGGGCAAGUUUUAUUGGGACGUUGGACAGGCUUCUAUGGCUAUUAGAUCCUGGACGCAGAACGAUGUUGAGGAGGCUCUCGUGGCUUGGAACCGACUCCUUUCUAGUAUUGAGCUACGCAUAUCCUCUGGGACUGGGAAUGCCCCUCACCGACUUGAACCUUUGAGUUCUGAGUCGCUGGCUCCAUUUAAUAUUAGUACUUUCGCUGCCGAAUUCCUCACUAGAGCGCAACGGCCCGGAUUCUCAUUUAAUGCACCGGGGAUCAACACUUUUACGCCGGAAUUAUUUGUCGUUACAUAUACAGCGGAGGCACCCGGAUCGACGCGCCAGACGCGCUGGCUGGGGGACUCCGGAGAUGAGGAUUGGCCUACUCUCCUAUUCCCCGGCAUAGACACAGUUCCUCUUGAUGUUAGCGAUAAUCCGAAUAUGUACAUUAACUCCUUCGAUCGCGACUGGGGUUUCGGGAAGUUCACAGUUAAUCGCCAGAGUGGAUUGUAUGUGAUAGCCGACACGAAAUACUCCGAUGUCGUACGUCUCAUCGCAAGUUCAGGAUUGCCUAAUGCUUGCGAAUUUCGACAUAGGUUUGCUUGGGGUCCGCCUCGAGAUCCUAAACUUGCCGAGGUCCUUCGUCAUUGGGCAUCACUAGUUGAAGAAGGAACCUGGUCUGUAGACUCAAAUGGUGUUUGCACUGAUCAUGAGUGGUUCAACACGAACACACAUGUAGCGAAAGUUCCGCCUUGCUUAGAUUGA